UGGGCGGAGCGCCCCGAGGUCAGAGAGGGAGUUACGGGGGAGUCCGGACCGCGUGGAGCGGGAAGAAAUCAGGAGUGGGGCCCUGUGUCCUAGCCCUCCUCCUCAGGUCCGCGUUUCUCGGCCACCCGGGACUGCUUGGGAGACAACCGGGGCGGGUUCAGGGCGUGUCCAAACGGCUGCCCCGCCCCGGGCUCGUCCCUCUCCCUAGGUUUGGCUGUCUGGGCCUCUAAUUGGGUUCCUGGAGAGGUUGCUGUCACUGCAUUUGUGGCUCCGACGGAAGGCAAGUCCUAGGAGCCAGGGGAAGGACAGCGCCAGGAGGCUCGGCUGGCUGGACGGCAGGUGCCCUAAGAACCGACAGUGAGUAAGAAGCCGGUCCAGGUGGCGCUCCCCGAGCCUCUCGACACACUGCGUACGUGCCCGGAAGCAGGGACAGGGGACGCAGGGCUUGGCGGGAGACGCGGAGGUCCCGGGCGCUGGACGAGGCGGGGCUUUAGGGCGCGCUUUGGCCGACCCGGAUGUUUGUUUGCUACUAAUGGGUGUGAGCAAGUUAGAUAUUCUGUACCGGAGACUUCUCCUCACAAAACUUUUUAUCAGAGGAUGGGGGAGGCCAGAAGAUCUCAAAAGACUCUUUGAAUUCAGAAAAAUGAUUGGAAAUCGAGAAAGAUGUCAGAAUCUGGUUUCAAGUGAUUAUCCAGUACACAUCGAUAAGAUUGAAGAGCAAUCAGACUGUAAGAUCCUAGAUGGGCACUUUGUUUCCCCCAUGGCCCACUAUGUGCCUGAUAUAAUGCCAAUUGAAUCUGUUAUUGCAAGGUUCCAACUUAUUGUUCCUAAAGAAUGGAACAGCAAAUAUAAACCUGUAUGCAUUCAUCUUGCUGGAACAGGAGAUCAUCAUUACUGGAGACGACGAACACUAAUGGCUCGUCCUAUGAUUAAAGAAGCCCGAAUGGCUUCUUUGUUGUUAGAAAACCCUUAUUAUGGCUGCAGGAAGCCCAAGGACCAAAUAAGGUCCAGCUUAAAAAACGUGUCUGACCUUUUUGUGAUGGGAGGAGCUCUUGUUUUAGAAUCUGCAGCUCUCUUGCACUGGCUAGAGAGAGAGGGUUAUGGACCUCUAGGAAUGACCGGAAUAUCCAUGGGAGGACAUAUGGCUUCCUUAGCAGUAUCCAACUGGCCUAAGCCCAUGCCAUUGAUUCCAUGUCUGUCUUGGUCCACAGCAUCUGGGGUCUUCACUACGGGUGUGCUAAGUAAAUCGAUUAAUUGGAGGGAGCUAGAAAAGCAGUAUUACACACAGACAGUUUAUGAAGAAGAAAUUAUUCACAUGCUUGAAUACUGUGGAACAGAUUCUUUCAAAAUGGGACAAGAGUUUGUGAAACGCUUCCCUAUCAGUGCAGACAAGCUAACUAACCUUAAUGUGGUUUCUAGAACUUUAAAUUUAGAUAUGACAGGCCAAGUUGUAUCCCAAAAACCUAGUGAGUGCCAUAAAUCUAGUAAACCAUCCAUCAGUGCCACAUCAGAAAGACUCUUGUUGCAAGAUACCUCUAAGAUGCAGUGCUUCAAUCAAACGCUUUCAACCAACAAAAGUAAUUAUACAAGUUGCAAUCCUCAGUCAUAUCACCUACUCAGUAAAGAACAAAGAAGAAACAAUCUUCAGAAAGAGUCUUUAAUAUUCAUGAAAGGAGUCAUGGAUGAAUGUACUCAUGUGGCAAAUUUCUCAGUUCCAGUUGACCCAAGUCUCAUUAUAGUGGUUCAAGCCAAAGAAGAUGCUUAUAUUCCACGAACAGGAGUUCGAAGUUUACAAGAAAUUUGGCCUGGUUGUGAAAUCCGUUAUCUAGAAGGGGGUCAUAUUAGUGCUUAUCUUUUUAAACAAGGACUCUUCAGACGAGCCAUCUAUGAUGCAUUUGAACGCUUCCUCCAUAAAUACGCUAACUAAUUGGAUCACUGUAUGUAACCAGUAUGGCCAUCAUGUUUCUUACAAAAGGAGUUUUUCAUCCUUUGAUGAUAAGAAGAACAAGCAGACAGCACUAUAUAUAUAACUAACUGCUAUCAAUUUAGUCUGGAAUUCAUUGUUAUGAUCAGUCAACAAUGAUCUUUAAAUACAUGUGAAUAAUUUUAAACCAAUAUUUGGAUGAAAUAAUGUUGAAGUAUUUUGUUAUUGUUUUGUGGGAAUCCCAUAUACACAAUAUCCAGUCUGUUGUUACUAUUUAUGAAAACUAAAUUUUUAAUCGUGAAUAAUUUAUUAAUUAAAAUACAUUUAUUCAUAGAAACCUUAUUGGUUUUUAAAGAACUGCUAAAUCAAGCUAAGUUUGUAAUACAUCAGCAUGUAUUGUAUACCCUUGUAUGAUAGUUUUACUAUUGACUUGAUUUGAGAACAUGUUUCUUUCUUAUCUUCAACUUUAAUUUCUGCAGUGGCAAUACUUUUUUUUUUUUAAGAUUUUAUUUAUUUGACAGAGAGAGACACAGCGAGAG